CAUUUCUCUCAGCUCCCUCUCCCUCUCCCUCUCCUCUCCAUCUCUCCUUUUUUCCCUAUCUGAUAGGGUUUCCAUGUCCGUGUAGCUCCAACCUCUCAUGCAUAAGUGCCUUCAAGCUUUACGGAUCGUUGUUGCAGCCUUAAUCGUUUCUGGGUUUCUCUUUUUUGCUCUCUUUCGAGGGUUUUUCGGCCAAAAGCUUUGCAUUUUCGACCGUCAGGAGGUUUUUGAGCUGCACCCAUGUCGAAGCUACUCGGUUUCUCCGGUAAAGAUGAUUUUUGCCCUGGGGGAAUAUACACAAACCCUAAAGAAGCUGGUCUCUUCUUGUCUCUUGGACACCAUGCGGAUGUCCUAUUUCCUCCUCGCAAGAGGUCUCGCAUCAGUGCCCCCUUCGUUUUUAGCGGAGGACGUUUUGAGAAGGAGGUGUCUAUAGAUGUUCUACCGGAUGAGUGCCUCUUUGAAAUCUUUAAACGGAUACCUGGAGGUGAGGAAAGGAGUGCUUGUGCAUGCGUUUCCAGGCGGUGGCUUAAUGUUUUAAGUAAUAUCAAUACGGACGAAUUCAGCAGCAACCCAACCAACCUAUCUUUCAAGUCUCAGGAUGAGGUCUCUGGAAAUAAUUCUGAGGAUCAGGAAGUUGAGAAUUGUGGAUAUCUUUCCAGGAGCUUGGAAGGAAAAAAGGCAACAGAUGUUAGACUUGCUGCUAUUGCUGUUGGAACUGCUAGUCGUGGUGGAUUGGGAAAGCUUAUGAUCCGAGGAAGCAAUUCUGUUUGUGGGGUGACAAACCUUGGCCUUAAGGCAAUAUCCCAUGGCUGUCCUUCCCUGAGGGUUCUUUCUUUGUGGAAUGUGUCCUCCGUUGGAGAUGAGGGCUUGUGUGAGAUUGCUAAGCGCUGUCAUCUGUUAGAGAAGCUUGACCUCACCCAGUGUCCUGCAAUAUCUGAUAAGGGUUUGAUUGCAAUUGCCAAGAAGUGCCCUAAUUUGACUGACGUAUCACUUGAGUUUUGUUCCAACAUUGGAAACGAAGGUCUUCAAGCUAUUGGCCAGUGCUGCCCCAAUCUCCGAUCCAUUUCAAUCAAGAAUUGCCGUCUUGUUGGGGAUCAGGGAAUUGCUGGUUUGCUAUCUUCCACCUCUUAUGUCCUGACAAAGGUGAAGCUUCAGGCUUUGACCAUCUCUGAUGUGUCACUUGCUGUUAUUGGACACUACGGCUUGGCUGUAACUGAUCUUGUCCUUGCCAGCCUCCGGAACGUGACUCAGAGGGGUUUCUUGUUCAUGGGCAAUGGUCAGGGACUGCAGAAGUUGAAGUCCUUCACUAUUGCAUCCUGUCAAGGUGUUACGGAUACAGGUCUCCAAGCAGUAGAAGGUUGCCCGAACUUGAAGCAGUUUUGCCUUCGCAAAUGUCUAUUCAUAUCUGACAGUGGGUUGGUGUCAUUUUGCAAAGCAACAAGAUCUCUUGAGAGCCUUCAUUUGGAGGAGUGCCACAGGAUCACCCAAUUUGGGUUUUUUGGUGCUCUUUCCACUGGUGGUUCAAAAUUGAAGUCUGUAGCUUUUGCUUCCUGCAUGGGAUUGAAAGAUGUAAACUUUGGAUCACCUGCUGUGUCUCCAUGCCAAUCUCUUCGAUCAUUGUCCAUUCGUAGGUGUCCUGGAUUUGGGAACGUUGGCCUGGCUCUUUUGGGUAAGCUUUGCCCUCAACUGGAGCAUGUAGACUUCAGUGGUCUUGAGGCUAUAACAGAUGCUGGGUUUCUCCCACUGGUUGAGAACUGUGAGGCUGGCCUGGUGAAGGUUAAUCUCAGCGGUUGUGUGAAUCUAACAGACAAAGUGGUUUCAUCCUUGGCUGACCUACAUGGUUGGACUCUGGAAGUCGUAAACCUUGACGGCUGUAGAAGGGUCAGCGAUGCAGGCUUGGCCGCUAUUGCAGGGAACUGCACAUUGCUCAGUGAUCUUGACGUCUCAAAGUGUGCAAUCACCGAUUUUGGAAUUGCAUCUCUGGCCCAUGCAGACCUGCUAAAUCUCCAGAUCCUCUCCGUGUCUGGGUGCCCUUUAGUAUCAGACAAGAGCUUGCCUGCCUUGGUGAAAAUGGGUCAGACCCUUCUUGGUUUGAAUCUUCAGCAUUGCAACGCAAUCAGCAGCAGCACUGUUGACCGGCUUGUGGAGCAGCUAUGGCGUUGUGACAUACUUUCCUAGGUUGGGAAGAAACUGGUAAUUGUUCAUUUCAGAAUCAGAAUCGUCAACCAGUGAUCAGGAUUGACGUAGUCAGGAAGUCCACAAAUCUUAGUCAGCUUUUGUGAGUAGCCACAGUUCGUUUAGUUUUUGGACCCAUCAGCUAUGGGUCUUUAGUCGUCAAGUGCCCCGGUUCCCUUUUUACCAGGGAAAAAUGGCCAUUUACCAUUUUUUGCAGGUUUCCUAUCAUUGGAGAUCUGUUCCAGGUACUUGUGCCGUAUAUAUCCCUGAGCAAAACUGCUUCCGGGUGCUUGAUCUAGGUUGCCCUUCCAGUUUCGAGUAGUUCUGGUUUGUAUUGCUAGGUGCAGGAGGCCUGUCUUUUUUGCUUGGCUAUGUUCAAUGCUUAGGCCAAGUUAUUUUAGGCAUCCUAUACCUAGUUCUAGUUUCUAAGUCAGUCCGUUGUUGGUUUUACCGAGUCGCUCACGUUUUUUUCACUUGUAUGCCGUACGUGAUGGUUGGGUCGUAUGUUUUCCUCAAAGGGUGGGAUCAGAGUUGCGAGGCCAUCGAUUUGUCUGUAGUCAUGUAAUCCGGUUGCUUUCGGCGGUUCCGAAUUUGUGGUGUCCUUGUGUUUGGGGGCUUUGGCCUGGCGGCGUUGUUAUGCGUCUGCCAUUGACAAUCCUUUUCCUUUUGGGGAGGGAUUUGUUUUUUUUCCAAGCCCCUGUUUUUCAGGCACCAUUUGUUCAUGGAAUGUGCUCGGCAACUUCUUCAUAUUAUGUAGUGGUCUCUGUAUCUCUCUGCCCUUUGCGAUGUAUGCUUCUAAUGAUAUUAAAUAAAAUUCAGUUGUGUUUUAAAA